CCCAAAAGGAUGGCGUGAAUGUUAUACUGAAUGGUGAAAAAAGGCUCACGAGAUACGUGGAGAUGAUAAAAGAAAGACGAACGCUGUAGGUGACUCGGCAUGAUCACAACCACGUUAGAAGUUUGGAAUUCCCCAUCAUUUACUAACAGAAGAAAAGAAGAAAAACUCUGUGUCGUUUUUUAUGAAAAGAAGGAGAAGAAGAAAUGGAUAACCAAACAUCCUUAGAUUCUGAAGUUGAAAUGUUAACGACUGAAGCCGUUAUUGUCUGGCUCACUUUUUUUGAACUUAUUGCCAUCCUCAUUGUCUUCUUCAAUGUCGGAACAAUUUUAACAUUUGCCACGAGCCGAAAUCUUCGUCGCCCAAGUGUGUACUGCCUUAUAAACCUAGCAGUUGCUGAUUUGUUAUAUGGCUUGUCUGUGAUUCCUUACGGUGCCUACCAUUUCGUUCUUAAGCUUUUCGAUCCGCGUUUGGAAUCAGAAAGCAUAGCAGAAUUUGUCUUGAGGACUUUAAUGGAGUUAAUGUUUCUAGCGUCUUUACUGUCGUUGGUUGGCGUUCCUAUCGAACGACUCUUUGCAACUUUCUUUCCUUUUAGGUAUCGUACGAUAAAAAGCACUUUUUUUAUCAAAAUAUUUGCAAUUAUUUGGGUUCUAUCGAUACUUCUUGUUAUUCCAUAUCAAAUUAGUUCUUUUUAUGGCUACAGUUCAUGGCUUAAUCCGUACAGUUUUUUCAUCAUUGACUUGCUGUUACUUUGCAUUAUUAUUUUAUCAUAUUUAGCUAUAUUUAUUAAGUUAAAGCUGCAAAACCAACGCCAUAGACAACAUCAGCAGCAGGAUACAGUGGAACUAACACAGAAACGGGAGAGACACAUCGCAAAGACUUUAUUUUUUGUCACUACACUAUCUUUGUCGACAUGGUUGCCGUACAUUAUCUUUGAAUUGGUUCAAUUGUCGCAUCCAAAUCGUUCUUUUGGAAUUGUAUCCAGAAAUGUUAUUGAACUUAUACAGCUAUCAAAUUCUCUUAUUAAUCCUAUAGUCUGUCUGUUUAGGAUGAAGGAUUUUAGAAAGGCUUUUAGCAAGCUGAUUUGCAAAUGUUUUCAUAAAAGACAACGCAUCCAUCCCAUGGUCCAUGAUCCACAAAAGCCUACCCUUGAGUUGAAGUUUCUUAAAUAAUUGCAUAGUUGCCUAAUUUUAUAUUGGAAUUGUGUUGCUGUUCUUAAAUGCUUAUUUUGCCUAGUAAAGUUUUGUCUUCAAAGUUGUUAUUUAGUGGACCUGCACUCCGGUUUAAAAUCUUCUUAUAAUUUUUUAAUUAAUUUGUUUUUAAAAUUCUGCAUUGUAUUUCGUAGCGAAAGUUUCCAAGUGUUUUUUUAUUAUCUCUUGAUAAAACGAAAUACU